AUGAUUCAUCUUGGAUAUCUUCUUCUUAGACAGCAUGCUCCAUCAAUCAUUUUCCUGGAUGAAAUUGACAGUAUCGGAUCUGCUCGAAUGGAAUCUGGGAGCGGCAAUGGUGACAGUGAGGUGCAGCGAACUAUGCUGGAGCUUCUAAAUCAGCUGGAUGGAUUUGAAGCAUCAAACAAGAUAAAGGUUUUGAUGGCUACAAAUCGGAUUGAUAUUCUGGAUCAAGCUCUCCUUCGGCCAGGACGAAUUGACAGGAAGAUUGAAUUUCCAAAUCCCAACGAAGAUUCACGUUGUGAUAUCUUGAAAAUCCAUUCAAGAAGGAUUAAUUUAAUGCGUGGGAUUGAUUUGAAGAAGAUAGCUGGGAAGAUGAAUGGUGCUUCUGGUGCAGAGCUCAAGAUCUCCGAGAGCAAUUUAUUAAUAUUUGGAAAGAGAUGGUGUGAAUUUAAGCUUGGAAAGAGAUGGAAUUAA